UGUUGAGUGUUUUUUCUGUUUUCCCAGGAGAAAGCUUAGAGGGGUUUUUCCCCAUAGGUAACAAUGGAGAAUGGCUGGAGGCACCUUAUGCAGGGACCCAUAUAAUUGGAGUUGUUGGUCCAGUUCACUUGAAAUUUGGCGGUUAUUUAAAGAGCAUGCACCAGCAGCUUGUCUGCAAUUCCCCAUAGAUUCAACAUAGGUAAUAAUGGAGCCAAAUAAUAUCAGAGUCAAGGGUAGGAAAAACAGAUCCAAAUCCUAGACCAGUAUUUAGAACCCCGGUAACCACAAAUACGGAUAUUUUUCAGCUCCUAUAGAUCUGGAUCUGAAAAAUGCCUAUUUAAACAAAAGAUGCACACCCAUACUAUAUGGAGCUAUUUCCAGCCACUUUUUAUGCGAGUUAGUCAAGUGAAAAGAGCAUUUGACCAAUUUUUUUCCUUGCCAAUUACUUUGAAAUGGCUUUCUAACUUCAGUUCAUUACAAUAUUAUUUCACCAGAGGACACAGCAUCAAAGAAGGCAGUUUGUCACUUUAAUGGAAAAACAUAUGCCGAUGAAGAACGUUGGGAUAUAGACAGCUGCACACACUGCUACUGUCUACAGGGUCAGACCCUUUGUUCCACAGUCAGCUGCCCUCCUCUUCCUUGUGUGGAACCCAUCAAUGUUGAAGGAAGUUGCUGCCCCAUGUGCCGGGAGAUGUAUGUACCUGAACCUACCAACAUUCCAAUUGAGAAGACGAACCGUCGAGAAUAUAAUGAACAGGAAGCACCAGUUUGGCCUACACCCAGUGAAAAUGACAUCAUUCGUUUCCAUAGAGAUAUGGGUCACCUUCAGGGGGAUUUUAGAGAAAACAGAGGAUCAGAGUCAAGUCCAGAGGCAUCUCUUAGCUCUCUUGCCUGGGUGACGGUGCCCAUCAUGACAGCCCUAGUUCUUAUCAUAGCACUUCUGCUUAUCAAUCAGAAGAAACAGUGGAUACCAGUAUCCUGCUACAGAGCCCCAUCAAAGCCUUCCUGCCUAAACAAUCAGCUCGUGUACGUGGACUGCAAGAAAGGAACUAUGGUUCAGGUGGACAGUUCUCAGAGAAUGCUUAGAAUUGCUGACCCAGAUUCAAGAUACAGUGGAUUCUACAGCAUGCAAAAACAGAACAACUUACAGGCAGAUAAUUUCUAUCAAACAGUGUGAGAAGUUGCAUCCUUACCAAGAAGUUAAGAAGAAACAAAGACUGUCUGCUAUUAAAAUAAAUCUAGAAUUGUGCACUUGCUUAGUGGAUUGUAUUGGAUUUGUGACUUCAUGUACAGCUCUAAGAUCUUACUGGGAUGGGCUCUGACUCCUGCAAUGUGCCAGAACAAGCAUUCCCACUUCUUGCGAUAACUGACCAAGUGUUUUCUUAGAACCAACGUUUUAAGAUGUUUUGCUUGUAACAUAGUAUUAGAGGUUAUUUGGAAAGAAGAAAUUGAGGUUGUACUUGAGUGGUUAUAACAGGAAGCCUCAAAGAAUAGAAGCUGGUUAGCUUAGCUUGGAGUCAAAGCAAAUAAGAAUAUAGCUUUUUUCCUGUCACUCCAAAAUUGCAUUUAUUGCAGUGAAGUUAUAAGCAUAACCCUAACUGAACUCAAAUAACAAAGUAUAGGGUUUUUUAGGCUGUGCUACAAAAAUUUACUCCUAGGAGAGUACCUGUCACAUCACAGGCGUGGUGUAGCUGCAACUAUGUUUUUCUACCUGAUCAUAAGCUGCAAUAGCUAAUGACAUUGCAAGGAAAACAUUAUAGCAGAAAUACAAAGGGUGAGUUUAUUGAAUAUGUGUACAAUUAUACCUUGUGCUGCUUUUUGUUUUUCCUUGUGAUGCUGAUUGUCCAUGUUUUGGCAAUUAGCAAAAGGCUACGGCCUGCAUAAUUUCUAUAUGAGCACUGGAUCUUUUGACAACAGUAUUGGAGAGGGGGAGAAAGGUUGAAAACACCAUCUGAUUCCAAAACUUGUGGCGUGUGUGUGUUUUCUUUUCUUUUUUAAAUUAUGUAUCAAUUUCAGGUGGUCCAAAUAUUUUUUUUUUGGAGGAAAAGAAAAAGAUGAUGUUGGAUGAAGAUCUUGCUCAAAUUAGUUUUUUAAAUCAUUGUAAGGGUUUUUUUUUUCUUUUCUGAUUAUACAGACUAGAUACAACUUCCAUGCUAGGAAGCUGCUUAAUUUUAAUUGUAUAUUACUCAAGCACCUUUUUGGAAGCUCAGAAAGAAAGGAGAUCAUGCUUCUUUAAAACUUCAGCUUUAUAGAAAUAUUUAUGUAAAUAUACUUAAGCUAAAACAUAGCAUUUGUAUGUCUGUGUGUAUAUAUGUGUAUAUAUAUGUACAUAUGUAUGUGUAUAUGUAUAUAUACGUUUGUGUGUAUAUAUACAUAUACACAUAUAUACACACUAUAUGUAUAUAUAUGUAUAUAUACAGUAUAUAUAUGGUAUUUAUAUAUACAGUAUAUAUCAGUAUAAUUUUGUAUUUUUCCCUGUUGAAUGUAUUUUUACCUGAGAUUUUACCCAGUGCAGAAAUGAACAGGCAUUCCAUAUUACUGCUUAAUCAUUUGUGAAAUUAGGAAAGCCGAGAGCAUCUCAUCCUACCUACAGUUUUAGUUGAUUUGGAAGUGUGAGUGUGUGUGUGUGCGUGCACUCAUGCCCUUGUGUUUGCAUAUAUGUGUACAGUAUGUGCACAGUUUUAGCAGUAAGCAUUUCUCUUGCUACUUGCUACAUCGCAGGGUGUUUUGUUUUCUUUUCCUUUUCCUGCAUGGCCUUAAAAAGGUCCUAAUUCAAUGCAUUGGCUAGAUACACUGAUAAUACACAGGCAGCACAAAUUAGUUCCACAGAAUAGCACCAUUUAUACUUUGUUAUAUUUGAACAUAGUUGUUUGAAACAACUACUGGAACAGUCCACAACUAGCUGGAAGUUUGUUGCAGUUUGAGUCAUAACUUUAAGUUGUAUCAUAUAAGAUUUUAUUUUUCCAAAUCAGUCUUGGCACUUUUAUACUAACUGCCCACUUGUGCGUUGCGUCUUUCUUUUACAAUUGCUUGUCCUAAGACACAGAUACCCAGUAUGCUUAAUGUGAAAAGAAAAUGUAUUUUUUGUAAAGAAACUCUCAAGUAUUGUUGUAAAUACUUGGUCAGAGGUUACUGAACUUUAAAACUGAAAAACCUAAUUUAUUAUAUGACCUAAUUUAUUAAUCUGAAGAUUAACAAAUGUUUUGUUUUAGAAUAUCAAAAAGUGUUCUAGCUGUUUGCAUCAAAGAGAAAAAAUAGUGUACCAUAAAGGCUCAACAUUUUUCUGUAUGAAUUCAGUUUUCAAAAAAAGAAAAAAUAUAGUCCCCCAACCACUUUAUGCUCAAUAUAUCGACACUGAAAUAAAUGUUACUAUCAAUUACCACUCAGAUUCUGUCAAGACAAAUCAUCAAUUCCUUUCAUAAGAAUAAGCAGUCUUUCUCCAGGAAUUGUAAAUCCUUGCUUUUGUUUUACAAUCAAGACGCUAUUCUGAAAAAAAUAUUAGCAAGACAUGGUGUAAAAUGUUAUUCUUUUAUUAUUAUUUUGAAGAUAUUAUUUAUCCUAUGUGCUGUAUCCAUUACACUCUUUUACUUUGGUUCCUGUUGUGCUCUUGUAAGAGAAAUGCAGAUACAGUUUUCUGAAAAAUAAAAUACAUGCAUAUGUGGCACUUGGAGUGCACUGCAAUUCGGCAGGUUGCUUGUUUACUUUUCAAAAUGUAAGGCAGUUUCUUGUAAUUCGGCUCUUGGCAGCACAAUAAAAAUUAACUUGAUGAACUUUC